CUGAGUCUGCACACACUUGCCUGGGUGCCCCUCAACCUCACUCCCUCUAUCCCUACAUAUUCCCUCCACUUUCUCCAUCUUUGAUUCUCUGCUUUCUGGUCUUCCACAAGCUAUUUCACAGAAUCGUCAGACAGAAAGCAUGUUAUCUCUACUGGUGCUCACAUCUGUGGUGCUGCUCAGUGCAGCUCCCCAGUCAGAGGCUAUAGUGGUGUAUACUGGCUGGGAGAGGCAUGCUCUGGUAGGCUCAGAUAUUAGGCUUUCCUGCUCAUUCUUUUCAUGGCGAUGGACUUCUGAUGAUGUCACCUUCUCCUGGAACUACAGGGCAGAUGGGGCAAAAGACAGCAUCUCUAUUUUUCACUACACAAAUGGAGUUCCAUAUGCAGACAAUAAAGGGCCAUUCAGGGACCGCCUAGAGUUUGUGGGCAACCCAGCUCGACGUGAUGGAUCUAUCCUGAUCAAAAAUCUGGACUUUUCUGACAAUGGAACCUUUACCUGUGAUGCUAAGAACCCACCAGACAUAGUAGGCCGACCUUCCAGUGUACGACUUCUGGUAUUUGAAAAAAUCCCAAUUCAGGCUGGUGUGAUCACAGGUGCGAUUAUCGGGGUAGUUUUGGGUUUGCUGAUCUUGGUGGUGGCCAUCUACUAUCUGAUGCGCUUCCUGGUGGCCCGACGUGUCUUCAGCUUGAGUGUGAGCAAACAUGGCAAGAAAGGCAAAGGGAAAGAGGGAGCCCAACAAAAACAGAAACCAAAGGCUUCUGUUGUGGUGGAUCCUGCCAAGCAGAAGGCACCAGCAUCCGAGAAGAAGAAGCAAGAGAUGCGCAAAGAAAAGAAAUAGGGCUUCGCAAGCAGAGAGCUAGAUCUCCAGGAAGAAGUACCUGGAGAAGGCAGGAAAGACAGGAAGGAUAGGGUUCUUAUGACUAUUGAGCUUGAGUUAAUUAAACAAGAGCAGACAGAAGGAGGAGGAGAGAAGCCCAGACUUAGCCCUGCUGCUCUUCUCUCCACCCUUUCCAAGCUCUCCCACAAAAUCACUCUUGGCUGAGUGAGUGAAGGAUGCAAGAAACAUGUAGAGGAGGAAGGCCUUAAAGAGGAGUAAAUGGGAGGAUGAGUAAUAAACAGUCUUUGGUAUAGUUUUAUAGUGUAGUCUAGGACACAUGGGAGCCAUUGAACAUACCCUGUGCCACUGAUUUUUUUUUUUAUGACCCACUGAAUGAACCUGAUUAGGUAUCAAAAAUUAAAAACCCAUAAACAUUACAGACUUCUGCCUUAAUUAUUUAAGGCAAGAGUUAAAUGCUAACACAACUCUAAUUAUUUCCAUGAAACACACACAACCACACACACACACACACACACACACACACACACACACACACACACACACACACACAGUUCUAGGGUGGCAGAACACAUUAUUCUAAAUGCCGCAAAUGUAAAUGUAUUCUGCUAUCUCUCUAACAUGAUACAUUUUCUGUGGAUACGUGCAGUGUAAUGAACAUUUCACACCACAAUGUGUGCACACACAUAGACGUCUUUUAGUUUAUUUUUUCUGCUGAUCUUGGAAUUGUCCUCCCUUUUAACUCUUUUCCACUGACACUGUGCUGAGGUUGGAGCUAUUAUAAAAACCAGCAACUUUUGUUAGAACUGGAUUAAGAGUCAAACCAUUAUAUAAUCAAAUGUGAAAAGUAAAGACAAUUUAACAUUUUAAAUUAUUCAUUCAAUAUAAAGGGUUUCUACAAUUUCCUUUGACCCAUUAUCAUAUGGUAAGAUAUUAACACAACAAAAUUAAUUUAGGUGUAUUUCAUGAUUUUUGUUAUUGAUUCUAAAUGUAUUCUGAUGCUAAAAACCUUUAUUAGCAUUAGAUUUAGAACUGUAGCUUUAAUUUGUUGUAGUUGCCAGUCCAAAUUGUGUUAUCAUCUUCAAUUUCUUGAUUCAUGGUGAGAAUAUUUUGCUAGUUACUGCAUAUAUGAAUCAUUAGAACCUCCCACACCAUUCGUCUUUUUUCCGUUUCCAUUUCUUUUUUCAAGUUGGUUAUGAUGAAAUGGUGCUGGAAUCAAAUUUAUUUUAUUGGUGAAAAAACAGCACACUUUUCACUACAUCACAAAUAGUUUGUAGCACCAGCACUUUGUUAAGGGAAAAGGUUGUUUUCUGUCCUUUAUUGACUGCUUGGGAUCUCUGCUUUAACUGUUCCUUCUUUUUUUCUCUUUUCCCCCUCCCUUUCUCUUUGUAUACUCUUUCUUGUUGUCUUCAUCUCUUUCACUUCCCUUUAUUUCAAACCCUUCUUAUUUCUGAUUUCUUGUAUCAUUUGCAUAAUGUCAUGAUCACUUAAUCCGGCAUCACUUUCUCUUUUACUGUAGGCUGGACCUUCAAAGUAGCCAUGCCUAUCUUUAUUAUUCCAUUGCUUAAGGGCUAAACAAAAGAACCUGAUCAAAACCCACACAAAAUGCACACACAGAUACAUGAUCCAACUCAAGAAAUCCAAUUCAGAGAAAUAAGUACUGUCAUUAAAGACUUACACAUACACAUCAUAUUUAGAACACAUUCCAGAGCACUGUUCCUCACCCUGUUGGCUUAAGGCUGCUAGUGGCCACUGGGGGGCACCUCAGCAACAUGUGAGUGAAAUCCCCAACAUAGAUGCAAGUUUCUAAAGUACCAAAAAACAACAAAAAUACCUUUUAAAUACAUUGUUUAAGCAAAGUCACCACUUUUAGUCUAGAGGUCAGCUAUAUUUCAGAUACAUGCUCAUAUAAAAUGCAUAUAUUUAAACUGCAUCAAGCUAUCAAUCUUAACAAACACUAAACUGCAGCCCCCUGAUUCCUUUUUAGGUUAGUUUGCCCUUUUCUCUGAAACCUAGUGAAGAACACUGCUCUAGUACAACACCCUCUGCAGGACAAAUUUUAAAUCCUUCAGGAAAUGCUUGCAUGUGUGUUUUGCUCUGACUGCAGUGACUGAAACCCUCAGAAUGAAGUUGAUACUGCUAGCAGAGUUUACACACAAGAGGUAGAGAGAGACAGAGAGAGAGAGAGAGAGAGAGAGAGAGAGAGAGAGAGAGAGAGAGAGAGAGAGAUGGGACUGCAACAGAAAAAAACUAAAUUAUGUUCAUACAAACCAAUAAUUUAAUUUGCCUCCCUAUUCACUUUCUCUCUUGGUUGUUUUCUUUCUUUCUCUCACUCUCCUCUAUCCUCUAUUAAUUUUCUUAUUAAUUUUCUUUUUAAAUUAAAUAAGGUGAGUGUUUCAUUUUUUUCCCAUUCCCCUCAACACAUAGCACACCAUUCAAGCUACCAUGUUGAAAUUUCAUUACUCUUCCUUUCAUAUAAUCUUCAUUUUCCCACUCCUUUACCUUUCUUCAUCCAUCUCGCGCUCCUGUUGGUUUGAACGAUUCCUGUCACAUCCUGCCCACAACAAGGAAAAUCUUGUUUGGCCUUCUGAUUUCCAAAGCCAAAAUGCUAAUAUAGUUACCUAGCUCUCUGCUGACUGCGAAAGAGGAAUUUCUUUUUACGAGUUUGUGUUUGUAUGUAUAGUGCAACAACAUGUCUAUAACUUGUCGAGAUGUUAAGAGAACAAAAACUGAAGUAAAAAAUGUUUGUCUUUGUAUGUACCUAAUGCUAGUUAUGACAUGCCAUGCAAUAGUUUACUGGACA